GCAGCGUAGAGCGCAUCUCGUUCCCCGGGAAUACCGAAUCAGCAGCACCAUGAGCUGCAGCCUAAACGCGACGACGUGUGGCCCGCCGUGGUCCGUUGGUGUCGGCAGCCUUGCGCCCCAGAGUGAGCUGAGUCUUAUGGUGGCCUUGGUGAACCUGUUGGUGCACGUUCCUUUCACUGACCUACCUGUGCUGCAGGACUACGAGCUAGGGCAGUUGCGGCAACAGUACGACUACGUAAUCGUGGGUGGUGGCUCGGCCGGCUGCGUCAUCGCCAACCGGCUGUCGGCAAAUCCUGAUGUCACGGUGCUGCUUAUUGAAGCCGGAGGACUGGAGACCGCCUCGCGUCAAAUUCCGGCUGUCGCACCGUUCAACUUGAGAGGUCCUGACGACUGGGACUACUGGAGCGUCCCGCAGAAGAACGCCGCCCUCUCCUUCCGAGAACAGCGGUUCUCCCUCUCACGCGGCAAGGUACUCGGUGGUUCCAGCGUCCUAAAUUUCAUGUUCUACACGCGCGGUCACCCACGUGACUUUGAUCGCUGGGCCAACGAAUACGGAGCCAAGGGAUGGGCAUACGAGGACGUCCUGCCGCACUUCAGGGACAUCGAGGAUUAUCACGUGGAGACACCAAACGAGUAUCACAGAACUGGGGGCGAGGUGCCGGUAGACUACUCCAACACCACUACACUUCUGAGCCGGCUACUUCUGGAGGCGUGCAAUCAAGCCGGUUUUCCUCGUGUCGAUUUGAAUGGUCCCACGCAGUCGGGCUGCUCACGCGUGCAGACAAACGUGGCGGGCGGCGAGCGCUUCAGCGCCAGCAAGGCCUUUAUCCAGCCCAUCGUUGGUACGCGGAAAAACUUACACGUCGCACUGUACAGUCAAGUCACGAAGGUGAACUUCGAUGGCAAGCGCGCCGUGAGCGUAACGUUCACAAGGUACGGCCAGCAGCAGAACGUGUCGGCAGGUCGGGAGGUGAUACUCUCGGCAGGUACCGUGGGUUCCACUCAGCUCUUGCUGCUUUCCGGCGUAGGGCCCAGAGAGGAAUUGGAGCGCCUGCAGAUUCCAGUGGUCGCCGACCUUCCAGUUGGACGUAACCUGCAGGACCACGUGGCUCUCAUGGUUGGCCUCCCCGUAAGCACGGACGUCGUUGCCGGAAUUCCUCCCUUUAGCUUGGAUGACAUAGCGCAGUAUUCGAGCAACAGGAGUGGAACAAUAUCGAUACCAGCGGGCGGCGAAUUCUUGCAGUUUCUGCACACCGACUUUGCGACUGAUCCAGAAAUCCCGGAUGUCGAAGUGGCAGUAAUGUCUGCGACGCCAGCCAGCGAGCUAUUGAAGGCAUGGAUGGUAGGCAUAGGGCUACGACCAGAGGCUUUUGACAACUUUAUUGGGCCUACGAACGGCCAGCCUGGCUUUCGAGUGGUAACAAUCCUCAACCGGCCCAAAUCACGCGGUUCCAUCUCCCUGCGCUCUAUGGACCCCAACGAUCACCCUGUCAUUGACGAAGGCACCUUCGAGCACCCCGACGAUGUCAAGGCCGCCGCUCAAGGCACAAGAAAGUUCAUCGACCGCAUGCUGAACACGGAGGCUAUGAAGAGCAUCGGCGCCAAGCCUUGGAACGUUUCCUUUCCUCCGUGUGCCGAGGCAGGACCCCAGUGGAGUCAGGAAUACAUCGAGUGCGUGUUCCGACACCUCGGACAGACGGUGUGGCACCUGUGUUGCACCGUUGCCAUGGGCACGCACCCUGAGGCAGUCCUAGACGAGCGCCUGAGGGUUCGUGGCGAAGUGACUGGUCUGCGAGUGGCCGACGCUUCCGUGAUGCCAGACGUUGUGAGCGGCCACACCAACGCACCCAGCAUGAUGAUCGGAAGCAAGGCAGCAGCCAUGAUUGUAGAGGACUACGCUGGAUUACACUGAUUCCAUCGCUGUCAUCGACUCACGACUGUGGCUGUGGAGAGAGCUUCUCAUCGGCUAUUGCGCGACUGCAUUUCAGGGCACCGUUCCCUAAUGCAGCGUUGUAGCAGUGGUCACACACUUUGAAAUAAACAAAAAUUGGUAUUCAC